CCUUUGAUCGAUGUUGUUGAGAAUAAUGAAACGUUGAAGUCGAUAAAUUUAGAGACGAAUUAUCUAAGCGGUGAUUUCUUUGCAAAAUUAUUCAAAGCUGCCUUAAAGAAUCAAACUCUCGAAGAGGUAAAGGCCGUCAAUCAGGGAGUAACAUUCUCAACAACAUCCGAAAAGGAGAUAAUCGAUGCGAUUUUUGAGAAUCGUGGCAUCAUAAAAGUAUCUAUAAAUCUGCGUUUACCUGAAGGAAGGCAUAAAAUCGAGAAUGCAAUGCUCAGAAACGGUGAAAUAAAGCGUGUCCUGCGCCGGCAAGCAGCCCAGGCGGCCAAAGCAGCCGCCGAAGAAGAGGCGAAAAAAGCCGAAUCAGCUCCAAAACCAACGACAGCCACCGGGAAGAAAACCGAUGAGGUAACCAAACCCAAGAAAGCACUUAACAAGACUGCAAGCCCCACAACUCCAGCUAAAACCACUGCAGCUAAACCUGCACCAUCUAAGCCUGCAACUGCACCAAAAACUUCACUCACUAAAACUCCAGCCUCUGAUGCUAGCAGCACAGAUACGAGCAAAAAGGUGCCACCUAAGACUGCACCUAAGAGCACCAUCGCCAAAGGCACUGCUGCAUCAAGCACAAAAUCACCACCGCUUUCUAAGAGCACCGCACUUGACGGAACGCCGAGCAGUGGUCAGAAACCAGCUGCUGGCACCACCAAAAAAUUGGCUACAGCCAAACCCACCGACGCAGCCGGAACAACUGAAAAGGUCUGA